AUGAUCCGCGAUAUCCUGGAUAACAGGACGCACAACCCGGAGCGGCCAUUAUCCCGUUCGUCGGAACCGCAGACACAUGCCGCCCACGAAUACCUGAGUCGGCAGGCAUUCCCCAGCGCCCCGACGACACCGGGCCGGCAACUCAGCGCCCCGGCUAAUGACGCUGGCCAGCAGCAGCAGCAGCAGCGGGGAGGGAAAAUGACGACAACGACGGAAGAGUCAGCCCUCGGGGGCGGGGAGGAGGACAGUGAUCAGGAGUCGCCGGCGUCGGAGCAGGAUUCGCUGGGGAAGAAGCAGCGGAAACCCCGCACCGCCUUCUCCGAUUUCCAGCUGCAGGCGCUGGAGAAGAGCUUCGACCGGCAAAAGUAUCUCAGUGUACAGGAGCGCAUGGAGCUGGCCGCCAAACUGAAUCUCGCCGACGCCCAAGUCAAAUGCUGGUUCCAGAAUCGAAGGACGAAAUGGAAGCGCCAGCACUCGCUGCAGUACGACUCACCCGAGUUCUACCCGGCGCUGCACCGCAUGCUGCUGCCCGGGGGCGGUCUGCCGUUCGGCCCGGCCAAGCGCCCUGGCCGCUGCCCGCGGGCGGCUUCCACGCCGCCGCACUGCACGCCGGCCUGUCGCUGCCGCCCAUGGCGGCGCAGUCGCACAACAGCGCGAACUCCACUCCGUCUUCCAUAUCCUCGGCGGACAGCCUCAACGCCGCGCUCUACCGCCACUGCAGUCCGCUGGAUAUUCCCUCCGCCAACGCGCUGUACGCGCAGCGCCACCUAUCCAACCUCGGCCACUCCCACAACGGACUCUUCAAUGUCCUACCGCCGCCCUCCAUGUCGCACACCUUUCUCCAAUAAUAUUAUGUGCCACUCGCAAAGAUGUGUUGUAAUUAUUUAGUAAUUUGUUGCGCGAUAUACGGAGUGUAGUAUUUCUGUGCCUUUCUCGGUAAGCCUGUACGAACGAACUAUAUGUCUAUAUGGGUGUCAUGCAAUUUUGUGCGAAU